AUGAUUCAACCUCAACUGAUUUUACUUCGGGAGGGAACCGAUACAUCCCAAGGCAAACCUCAGUUGAUCAGCAACAUCAACGCCUGUAUGAAUGUGGUUGAUACUGUCAAGACAACUCUUGGUCCGUGUGGAAUGGACAAGCUCAUUCACAACGGCCGCGAUGUGAGCAUCUCAAAUGAUGGAGCGACAAUCAUGAAUUUGUUGGAAAUUGUUCACCCUGCAGCCAAAAGUCUUGUGGAUAUUGCCAUGUCGCAAGAUCAUGAAGUUGGUGAUGGAACCACUUCUGUCGUUGUUCUGGCGGGAGAAUUACUCAAGGAAGCGAAGGCAUGCGUGGAAGAUGGCAUGGCUCCGCAGAUUAUUAUUAAGGCUUUUCGCGCCGCCUUGUCCGUUGCAAUGAAAACCCUACAAGAGCUUUGUGUUCCAUUUGAUCCCAAUUCCGAACAGGGCCGUAAAAAUCUUGUGCGGUGUGCGGAAACUGCACUCAACUCAAAACUCAUAAACACUGAAUGUCUCUUUUUUGCUAAAAUGGCUACCGAUGCUGUUUUAACACUCGACAGUGACCUAAACCUUGAUAUGAUUGGUGUCAAGAAGGUGUCUGGUGGCAGUAUGCGAGACAGCAUCCUCGUUGAUGGUGUGGCCUUCAAAAAGACAUUUUCCUAUGCUGGAUUUGAGCAACAACGUAAGAAGUUUGAGUUUCCAAAGGUGUUGUUGCUGAAUGUCGAGCUAGAACUUAAGGCAGAAAAGGACAAUGCUGAAGUGCGUGUGAAGGACCCCAAGCAGUACCAAUCUAUUGUGGACGCGGAGUGGAAAAUCAUCUAUGACAAAAUGGAAAAGUGCGUUGAAACUGGAGCAAAGAUUGUUCUUUCCAGGCUCCCAAUCGGUGACCUAGCAACGCAGUACUUUGCCGAUCACGACAUUUUCUGUGCGGGCCGCGUGAGCACGGAUGACAUGGCCCGCGUGGCGCUGGCCACUGGUGGUGUCGUGCAGUCCACUCUGAGUAACAUCCCUAAAGAGGCACUGGGAAGUUGUGCCCUUUUUGAAGAGCGACAAGUAGGGACAGAGCGUUACAAUUUCUUUACUGGUUGCAAAAAUGCCAAAACAGCCACAAUCAUCCUCCGCGGUGGGGCACAACAGUUUAUUGAUGAGGCGGAUCGUUCCCUUCAUGACGCCAUCUGUAUCGUGAAGCGCGCUUACAAGACAGGUUCUGUUGUAGGGGGCGGUGGUGCUGUGGAAAUGGAGCUGAGCAAGAUUCUCCGGGAGUAUUCGCGUACAAUCCGUGGAAAAGAACAGAUGGUGAUUGGUGGAUUUGCGAGGGCUUUGGAGGUGAUUCCGCGCCAGUUGUCAGAAAAUGCCGGACACGACAGUACCGACACUCUCAACAAACUCCGCCAAAAGCACUAUAUGGCCGGAGGCGCCGGUAAAUGGUACGGAGUGGAUAUCAUUAAUGGUGGCAUCUGCGAUACGUUUGAACGUUUUGUUUGGGAGCCAACAUUGGUAAAGAGAAAUGCCAUUCAAAGUGCUACCGAGGCAGCUUGUCUUAUUCUAUCCAUUGAUGAAACCGUGACGAAUCCAGAGUCAGAUGCCGGAAAGAAACAAGCUGCUGCUGGUCGCGGUGGUGCUGCUAUGCCAAUCAGUAAGGCUGGAAUGGGCGGCAUGUUUAAGGGUGCUCCGGGGGUUACAAAGAUGAAGGGCCGUGCUGGGCGAUGA